GAGAAUCUGUUGGGGUGGGGAAGAAGUGACUUGUGGGAUGCGAAGUAGCCGGCGGCGAGAGGCGGACACACAGGGGGGAGAAACGGCUACGGGAGGAGCGGGAAAUCAAACGGGAGAGUAAUAGACACACACACAAAAAAACAACACGGCGCUACGCCUCAUUUCAGGCCUGACAUCCAGCUCUGCGCAGUCCGCCAGUGGAUACUGAGCGGAAGGAAAAGUUCAAGUCCCACGAAUCAGCGCGUGGGAGUGGGAAGCAGGGAUCGUGACUGACUGAGGCAAGCUCCACUGUCUGUCUCGUCAUGGCAGGACCGGGAGGUGACAUGCAGUGGUGCUUCUCUCAGGUGAAAGGUGCCAUUGAUGACGACGUUGCUGAAGCGGACAUCAUUUCCACUGUUGAGUUUAACCACACAGGGGAGCUGCUGGCCACAGGAGACAAGGGUGGGCGUGUGGUCAUUUUCCAGCAGGAAAUAGAGAACAAGAAUCCACCUCAGUUUCGGAGCGAAUACAAUGUUUACAGCACCUUCCAGAGCCACGAGCCCGAGUUCGACUACUUGAAGAGUUUGGAAAUCGAGGAGAAGAUCAAUAAGAUUCGCUGGCUUCCUCAGAAGAAUGCUGCUCAGUUUCUUCUGUCGACUAACGAUAAAACGAUUAAAUUGUGGAAAAUCAGUGAACGAGACAAGCGACCGGACGGGUAUAACCUCAAAGAGGAGGAUGGAAGAUACAAAGAUCCAAACACUAUCACCUCACUGCGGGUACCUGUUUUAAUGCCAAUGGACCUUAUGGUUGAGGCCAGCCCCCGGAGGGUGUUCGCCAAUGCUCACACCUACCAUAUCAACUCGGUCUCGGUCAACAGCGACAAUGAGACCUAUCUGUCUGCAGACGAUCUCCGCAUCAACCUCUGGAACCUAGAGAUCACCGACCGCAGCUUCAAUAUUGUUGACAUCAAACCGGCCAACAUGGAGGAGCUAACGGAGGUGAUCACGGCGGCGGAGUUUCACCCCCACCAGUGCAACACGUUUGUGUACAGCAGCAGCAAAGGGACCAUACGGCUGUGCGACAUGAGGGCCUCGGCGCUGUGUGACAAGCACUCAAAGUAUGUCAAGUUUAGCCACAAUGGACGCUACAUGAUGACCAGAGACUACUUGUCGGUUAAGAUCUGGGACCUGAACAUGGAAAGCAGGCCGGUGGAAACGUAUCAGGUUCACGAGUACCUGAGGAGCAAGCUGUGCUCGCUCUACGAGAACGACUGCAUCUUUGACAAGUUUGAAUGCUGCUGGAAUGGCAAUGACAGUGUGGUGAUGACCGGCUCGUACAACAACUUCUUCCGGAUGUUCGACCGCGGCCACCGGCGGGACGUCAUGCUGGAAGCGUCCCGCGAGAACAGCAAACCCAUGCAGGUGCUGAAGCCCCGCAAGGUGUGCGCCGGCGGCAAGCGCAAGAAGGACGAAAUCAGCGUGGACAGCUUGGACUUCAACAAGAAAAUCCUCCACACUGCCUGGCACCCCCAGGACAACAUCAUUGCCGUGGCAACAACCAACAACCUCUACAUAUUCCAGGACAAAAUAAACUAACAGCAGGGAGAUCUGGCGCGUUACCCGGCGACGACGCCGUCGACCGUACCACUCGCAGGCCUCAGCCGGGGUGAUUGGAGCUCACGCCGACGACCAGCACCCCCAGCCGUCGCCACCGAGUAAACUGACUUUGCCACUUUGUUCUAGAUGUGGACAGAUGAAGACUCUGUUGCCCAUCAUCGGUCUGUCUGAAGCAGAGUGACGUCUGCCUUGUCGUUUAAGUGAUGUUGUGCCAAGUUUUUCCCCCUUUCCCAUGUUUUUUUUGUUCUGUUUAUUUUUUGCUCUUGCCCACUGGCAAGAGCACUGGCCCUUUACUUCUCUAAUGUGGGUAAACAAGUUCAUUUCCUUAAAAUUCAGACUACAGACACACUUAUUUUUAUAACUUUUCCCCCUCCAAAAUGGCUCUGUAGUUGAUAAACACUUGAGUAUGUCCCUUUAUUGUCCUGUGCCAUAGUGGUGUUUAUUUUUUCUGAGGAUUAUGACUUUUUUUCUGUAUUUAUACAUCGUCUUUUUUUUUUCUUUUUUUCUUUCUUUUUUUUAAAGUAAGCAUCCACUGUACUGUUUGUUCUGUUGAGGUUCUUUACACCCAUGUUCAUUAAACAGUGCGUACUCAAGGGGGCUCUCAAGUAUGCUCGGUUAACUUUUUUUCGUUUUUUGCCCCUUCCCACCCGCCCACCACCCCACACACACACACACACACACACACACACAAAGAUACACACACACAAACACUGUAUCGGUUCAUACAGGACAGCAAUGCCUUGACUGUGGCCGCCCAAGAUUUUAAGUACAGUGUGUUUUCACAGAUUUAGGCCAAAAGAGGCUUUGUCCUGCCUGCUGACGCUGUGCCUCAGGCUCUGGGUGGCCAAAAAGGCCACAACACCAGAAGAGAUUUCAAUUAGUUCCCUUUGAGAUUGGCUCUUUGUCUUGACAUCUUUGUGCACUGGUUCCUCCUCCUUUACUUUUGUGUUCAACAAUAGUCAGGUAUAAGAAAUAGCCUAUACAAAGAUAAUUAUUAUGAUUGUCAUAUUUAUAUUAAAAAAAAAAGUUUAAAAGUCUCCAGAUGUGUUCCAUCCAAUUUUGCGAAAUGACCUUUGACAUAUCCCUUUCAAGUGAUCCUAAGUAUUGUCUUCCCACUGUGUAUAGUAGCUCUCUAGCAGCUCUUCACAACAGGGAAACUUUCAGUAUGACACUGGACUCCAUUUCUGCACCAAAGGACGUAAAAUGGAUAUCUCUUGUAUGGCUGCAACUUAAAAAAACGAUCUAUUAUUUGGGGCAUUAAGUCACUCAAAGCGUCUCUUUGAACUACCGCAGAUAUUAUUGCUUCUUUUAUUUGAUGGUGCAAUAAAUCCACACAACUUCUACUCUUCAUAUCUUAAAAUGGUAUUUAAAAAUGUGGAAAAUUAAGAGCGAUGCCUCCGGUAAUAUGUAACUGCAAUUUUACUUUGACAGUGAAGGAAAAAAAAAAAGAUAAUAAAGGAC